CCGCCGUGUUCCGGGUCAGGCGCGGGAAUGCGCGGCGUCCGCCAGCAGCGCAGCGCCCGGCGCCCCGCGAUGCCCCUGCGGGGCCGGCAGCGGCCCAACGAGGGACAAUAGGGGGCUGCUCUCGCCGCGCUCCGGCUCCCUCCCGCCGUUCUCCCGCCUCCCGGGGCCGGCGACGCGCUCGCCCGGGGCCGCUUCCCUCCUCCGGGACGCGCUGGAUGCGCGUUGCCGCCGUCUCGCCGGGUCCCGCGGCGUCGAGCGGCCGGCGGGGAGGGGGCGGCGGUGAGCGGCGUCGCCCGCCCCGCGGCCCCCAGCGGCCCGUCCCCCCGGCGGGGCGGCGCGCUCCGCGGCGAUGUUCCACUGCAUCCCCCUGUGGCGGUGCAACCGUCACGUGGAGUCCAUCGACAAGCGGCACUGCUCGCUGGCCGCCGUGCCCGAGGAGAUUUACCGCUACAGCCGCAGCCUGGAGGAGCUGCUGCUGGACGCCAACCAGCUCCGCGAGCUGCCCAAGCCUUUCUUCCAACUUGUGAAGUUACGGAAACUUGGACUUAGCGAUAAUGAAAUCCAGCGGCUCCCUCCAGAAAUAGCGAAUUUCAUGCAGCUGGUGGAACUCGAUUUGUCUCGUAAUGAUAUUCCUGAAAUACCAGAAAGCAUCUCGUUCUGCAAGGCGCUACAGGUAGCAGAUUUCAGUGGGAAUCCACUAACUAGGUUGCCUGAAAGCUUUCCUGAAUUACAGAAUCUAACGUGUCUUUCAGUAAAUGAUAUCUCUCUGCAAGCACUACCUGAAAACAUUGGGAAUCUUUAUAACCUGGCUUCACUGGAACUCAGAGAGAAUUUGCUGACAUAUUUGCCCGAAUCGCUUGCCCAGCUGCAGCGUCUAGAAGAACUUGAUUUAGGAAACAAUGAACUUUAUCACUUGCCAGAAACAAUUGGUGCACUUUUCAAUCUUAAAGACCUAUGGUUGGAUGGAAACCAAUUAGCUGAAAUACCUCAGGAAGUAGGAAACCUGAAAAACCUGCUUUGUCUGGACGUUUCUGAAAAUAAAUUGGAAUGCCUUCCUGAAGAAAUUAAUGGGCUGACUUCUUUAACAGACUUGCUUGUUUCUCAGAAUUUACUUCAAGUCUUACCCGAUGGCAUUGGCAAAUUGAGGAAGCUGUCGAUUUUGAAGGUUGAUCAGAACAAACUUAUUCAGCUAACAGAUUCAAUUGGAGACUGUGAAAGCCUUACUGAACUAGUUCUAACAGAAAAUCAACUGCAGAUAUUACCGAAGAGCAUUGGAAAACUGAAGAAGCUGAACAAUUUGAAUGCCGAUAGAAACAAAUUAACAUCUUUGCCCAAAGAGAUUGGGGGAUGCUGCAGUCUUAAUGUGUUUUCUGUACGUGACAACAGAUUAUCUCGAAUUCCCUCUGAAAUUUCACAAGCCACUGAACUUCAUGUCCUGGAUGUUGCUGGAAACAGGCUGACGUAUCUUCCCAUCUCACUGACCACCUUAAAGCUGAAGGCUUUGUGGUUGUCUGAUAACCAGUCCCAACCUUUGCUGACGUUUCAGACUGACACAGACCCCGAAACAGGAGAAAAGAUUUUAACAUGUGUAUUACUUCCUCAAAUGCCUUCUGAGCCUGGUUGCCAAGCAGAUAACCUGCCACGAUGUGGUGCGUUGGAGAGUUUGGUAAAUGAAAUGUCAGAUGAAACAUGGAAUGAGCGGGCAGUGAACAGAGUCAGUGCAAUUCGCUUCUUAGAAGAUGAAAAAGAUGAAGAGGAUAAUGAAAUGAGAACACUUCUAAGGCGAGCCACUCCACACCCUGGAGAAUUAAAGAACAUGAAAAAGACAGUGGAGAAUUUACGGAAUGAUAUGAAUGCUGCUAAAGGACUGGAUUCAAACAAAAACGAGGUCAAUAAUGCCAUUGACAGAGUGACCACUUCUGUGUAGAAUUUCAUCUCCAGGUUUUACCUCCUGUGUCUUCCCCUGCUGUUGAAAUGUUCCUGUCGUCUUCUGGGACCUCACUGAGCCCCCCUUUUGUUUCUAAGCAGAACCCGAUUCAUCGUCUCCAUAUAUGUGAAAAGUACUACCCACUGGAAGAAAGUGCCUUAUUUCAUCCAGGCAGUGAAUCAAUCAUUUCCAAAUCAAUAUUGUGAUUUUAAUAGUACGAUGGUUUUUUAAGUAUAAUACACUACUGUAUGCAGAAUACGAUAUUUUUGUCAUAAACACAGGGGAAAUAAUGCUUUUCUUUUCCAGAGUGCUGGGAUAUCUUCUUCCCAGUGGCUGGACGUGCUGGUGAGAAUUUAAGUUUUGUGGAAAAUUGAUAAACUUUUUUUUUUUUUUUUUUUUAAUUAUUAUUAUUAUUUUGGCAGCUCAGAUGGUGUAAAUUUUAAAAUUUUGUAUAGAACUUUCAUAACAAAAUGAUGUAUUUCAUUUUUAAGAGAAAAUUUAUCUUGAGCGGUACUUAUUUUAGUAUUUGUGGAAGAGAACAAGUUUCAUGGACAGCUGUAUUCAUUUGUUUGUACCACCCAUUGUGCCUUAUUGUGUCUCGUAUGUCAUUCUAGUCUUAAAAUAGCAAUUCUUGAGGAAAGCGAGUACAUUUAAACUUGGUCUCCUGUUUCAGCUGUGUUUUUUCUUUUCAGACGGUAGUUUGUUGAGAGUUUUACAAAACAAAGUUUAUGUUUCUACCAUGGGAUUUUAGUUCACGAAGCACAAGUGUUCGUUUUGUUAUAUAUGGAAUUAAGAUUAAAAUGACCCAACUGCUAUUGUUUAUUACAUGUUGCACUCACACUUUAACUUAGUUGUAACGAAACGUUUUGUUUUGGAUGCAGCGUUGCAUUGCAGUCACUACAAAUUCAUGCUUUUUUUUUUUUUUUUUUUUCCCCCAAAUGUGCCAUCUGUAAAAAUAACUUCAAAAGCAGCACGACAGACUUUCAGAAGCACAGUAUAAUUCUAGUUUUAUGUAUUACACAAGAGAAAGCAUGAUUCUUUUAAGUGCUUUGGUGGUUUUAUACAAGUUUAUAAAACCAUAAUAAUAAUAAUAAAAAUCUUUAAAAGCUUCAA